AUGCAUUUCUCGACAAGUAUACCCAACGCGGUAUCGCAUAUGAACGACCGGCUUCUCUUUGCCAUUCCCAAAAAGGGCCGUCUCCACCGCCAAUGCAUGGACCUGCUGAAAGGCGCCGACAUCCAAUUCACCCGCGCCAACCGCCUCGACCUCGCUCUCUCCACCAACCUCCCGAUCACGCUCGUGUUCCUGCCCGCGGCCGACAUCCCGCUCUUCGUCGGCGAAGGCCGCGUCGACCUCGGCAUCACGGGCCAGGACCAGGUCGCUGAAUCAGCGCAGACCGCGAACGUCGACGAGCUCUGCGAUCUUGGGUUCGGCGGGUGUAAGCUCCAGGUCGAGGUCCCGGACAAAGGCGAGUUCACACAGCCCGAGCAAUUAAUCGGCAAGAGCGUCGUCACUUCCUUCCCCAACCUCGCGCGCACAUACUUCCGCUCGCUCGAGCAGAUACCCCCCGACGCACCGCUCAAGACAAACAUCAAAUACGUCGGCGGCUCAGUCGAAGCCUCGUGCGCGCUCGGCAUCGCCGACGCGGUCGUCGACCUCGUUGAGUCAGGCGAGACCAUGCGCGCCGCGGGUUUAAAAGCCAUCGCGACAGUGUUCACCACCUCGGCCGUGCUGAUUGCAAACAAAAACCCCGACCACGCCGACACGGUCGCGCUCGUGGUCAAGCGCAUAAUGGGCGUGCUGUCGGCGGAUAAGUACGUGCUGUGCAAUUACAACUGUCCGCGCGACAAGAUCCCGCAGGUGCUCAAGAUCACGCCGGGGAGACGGGCGCCGGCGAUCUCGCCGCUGGAGAAUGAGGAGUGGGUUGCGGUUAGUAGUUUGGUGGAGAAGAAGAAGGUGGCGGAGGUUAUGGACCAGCUUAAACUCAGCGGGGCUGAGGAUAUCCUUGUGCUUUCUGUCUCCAACUCUAGAGUAUGA